UUUAUGCGAUAUGUGUUAUAGGCAAUCUAAUGAAGUCUAAAAUCAUGUGGCGGCAAGUGAUUUUCAUAGUGGCUACCUGUUGUUUUUCCAUAUGCAAGAGCACCGCAGUGAAACCAAUAUCGUGCGACGAUAUAAGUGUUCGGAAUUUCGUCAGUUAUCAUCUAACUUCGUGGCAACAUGCAGUUGGAGGUAUUGGUAUGAAAGUAGUAGAAAACUCUGAAUCUGGUAUUGCUGCCCUUGACCUCACAGGGAACGAAUACGUAGCCAUUGUAGUGCACGGUCGGGAAAGUGGCAUCUACACUGAGUUUGGAAACACCCUUAAACAUUCCCUUAUUACAGCAGACAAACAAAUGGUCGUCAUUUUAAUUGACUGGUCAUUCCUAUCUUUUGUACCCUAUGAAGACGCCGUGAGCUUUGUUCCCUGUGUCUCACACGAAAUAAGAAGCUUCAUAGAAAAUAUGAUGUCAGCGGCAAAGUUGAACCGAAAUCGCCUUCAUCUCAUCGGCUUCGAUCUGGGAGUUCACAUUGUAGGCAUCGCGAGUCGCAACAGCAUUGCUCGUGCCGCGAAAAUAACAGCUCUCGACCCCGCUGGUGACCGUUGGGGUGCUGAAUCACUACGUCUUAGAGCUACCGAUGCGCAGUUAGUCGAAGUGAUUCACACCAAUGGCAACGGAGCGCUCGGUAGUACAGCUUAUGGCAUCGGUGAACCCAUUGGGACAUUGGAUUUCUUCCCCAACGGAGGGGACAGGCAGCCUGGCUGCGGGAUCUUUGACAACGCGUGCCACCAUAAGAGAGCCUGGCAGCUGUUUGCGGGAACUGUUGAUACUGGUGGCCACUUAAUAGCUAUGAAGUGUCAGAAUAUGACGCAAGUAAACAAUAAUCUCUGUGUCAUGACUCCAGCUGCAAUCAUGGGGACUCUGGCACUAGUGAAAUUUAACACCGGUCUACAUCGGGUUAAUACUGGAAGCAUUUACCCUUACUAGGGUACCAGCACUUCAGAAGGAGCACUAUUGCCGAUACAACUGUGAAGACCUCUGUUUGACAAGGGGCAAAAGUGGCGGUGUAUGCAUGCGAAGUUCCUGCAAAUGUUUCUCUGCUGUGGAUAGCUGACCCGACGCCUUUCGCCUAUAUCCCCGGCCAGGAGGAUUAGCCAAGUUGACAAUCGUAUAUCGACAAACGCCAAUCGCCAGAUGCAACAAACAUGAAGACGUGAUUAUUUCGUGAUUUUUAAAUAAGUUUCGUUUGGCGGAUUCUAUAAACGAUUGUCUCUUAGCUACUUAUUACGGUCUUCUUCGACGAACCAGACAAUACUUGAAUUCUUAUUGCUUUCUUCAAAUAUAGAUUUUCGGGAUUGUUAUAAUUAUUUAACUUUGUAAAUAUAAUUUCCAAACUUUUCGGCUCCAUCAUGAUGUAAUUUAUGAAAAUUUUAGUACUAGUGUUUUUAAAUAUAAAAAAUACAGUCAGUUAAUGUUACAGUUUUAUCCUGACUUCCAAAUAAACAAUUGAAUGCAG